AUGACGUCGGCCAAAUCGCCUGAUUCUGCAGCCCGGGGCGAUCAAAGAAAUAUGAACCACCGGUCCAGUGGCAUCAGUUCGAACGGAACUAGCGUCGGCUCGGGAGAAGAAGGGGCUCUGAUGCCUCCUCCGAAAUCCGUGGUCGGGCGAGCGCUAGGCAAUGACCUGCAUUCCGAUGCCCACAAAACAUCGCAGGCGCCCAAGGGCGGAGUCGGAAGCGCCCUGACUGACACUCCGAUUUCUACCGCACCCCCGUCUCCACAGAUCACUGGUCUCACCUCAGCCAGUACGCCCAGCCGAGUUCGGGCGACUACCCUGGAUAUUCCCGGUCUGACCAAGUCCAAAGUCUCUCCGGAUGGACGGAUUGCCCAGCGUGAUGUCGGCGCUAAGCUGGUCAUUGUCAUGGUCGGCCUGCCGGCCCGAGGCAAGAGUUACAUCACUAAGAAGCUUGCUCGAUACCUGAACUGGCUCCAGCAUGAUACAGAGAUAUUCAACGUUGGUGAACGUCGUCGUGUAGCCGCAGGGAAGUCGCCCUCGCCGGCCAAAUUCGGACGCCCCUUGGACAAGCGUCCGAGCAAUGUCCACAAGGAUCUCCUCGACUCGGUGCGCCGGUUGAGUGUCAGCGUUGGAACAAUGAAUCAAAAUGACUCGUCAGGACCAGAGAACUCUUCGCCACCGGAUCACGCGCCAUUACCUCCCCCUGUCGUUCCGGCCAAGAUCCUCGUGAACGGAGAAGAGCCUGGAUCUUCCAUCUCACAGAAUGGAAGCACUGUAAUCCCUUCCAUCGAUGCAGGUCCCGGCCAAUUCCACCGGGAUUCGGAAGCCGCCCGAGAAGCUUCUCCCGAACCUAUGGAUCAAACAGCAAACUUUUUCGACCCUCAGAAUCAGCGUGCUGUCAAGCUUCGUGAGCAAGUGGCGCUGGACACCCUUGACGAACUGCUCGAGUACAUUCUGGAGGACGGCGGCAGCGUUGGCAUUCUCGAUGCGACUAACAGCACCAUGGAGCGUCGCAAGGCUGUUGUUGACCACAUUCGCGCCCGAGCGGGUCCCGAGCUGGGUAUCCUGUUCCUGGAGAGCAGCUGCGUGGAUCAGAAUCUUCUGGAAGCUAAUAUGCGCCUGAAGCUCUCUGGACCCGACUAUAAGGGCCAGGAUCCCAUGACCGCCCUGGAAGACUUCAAGAAGCGUGUCGCUCUGUACGAGAAGUCCUACGUUCCCCUGGGUGAAUAUGAGGAAAGUCACAAUAUGGCCUAUAUUCAAAUGAUCGACGUCGGCCGCAAGAUUGUCUCGCACCAGACCAAUGGGUUCCUAUCAUCUCAGGUUGUCUACUACCUUCUCAACUUCAAUCUUUCUCCGCGUCAGAUCUGGAUCACCCGCCACGGCGAGAGUCUGGAUGAUGCGGCCGGUCGUAUUGGCGGAGAUUCUGGCCUCAGCGAGAAUGGCAAGAGAUAUGCCAAGGCUCUUGCUCGCUUCAUCGACCACCAACGGCAAAAGUGGGAGCAGUACCAGCACCAAAAGAAUCAGCUGAACAACUUCCCACCUCGGCCUGGAGACAGCACCCCUCCCAAUCCGUCGUACAUUCCGCGCGAUCGACCGCGCAACUUCUGCGUGUGGUCGUCAAUGAUGAAGCGCGCUGUCCAAACUGUAGAGUAUUUCAAUGAAGACGAAUACGAUGUCAAGCAGAUGCGCAUGCUCGAUGAGCUCCACUCCGGGCAGAUGGAGGGCAUGACCUACAAGGAAAUCCAGGAGCAGUAUCCCGAGGAGUACGCCCACCGCAAGAAGGACAAGCUCUUCUACCGCUACCCCGGCCCCGGCGGUGAAAGCUACCUGGACAUCAUCAACCGCCUCCGAACCGUCAUCGUCGAGGUUGAGCGCACUACAGACCACGUUCUCCUGGUCAGCCACCGCUCCACUGCUCGCGUCCUCCUGGCUUACUUCCGCGGCCUAAAGCGCGAUAUGGUGGCCGAUUUGGACGUUCCCAUGGGUAUGCUGUACAUGUUGGAGCCCAAGCCGUAUGGCGUUGAGUUCAAGGCUUAUCAAUACAACCCCGAGAGCGACUGGUUCGACUAUCAGCCCGACUACGAGUUGCACCAGGUGGGUGCGCAGUAG